AAUAAUUCAAGAUUUUUUAUUAUUUUCAAUAUUGAAGAUUACAAAAUAUAAGAUAAAAAAUCUUAAAAAGAUACUCAUACUUCAAAAGGCAACAUAUCUUACGUUCUGCCUAAUAAGAUGAAAAAAUUUUUUAUUAACUUUACGAUCAGUGCUAAUCUAAAUAUAAAAAUACUUAUAUACUGCUUCUUCUUGUCCCAUGUUUAAAUGAGUUUACCAUAUGCUAUUUUAAAAGCCUUGCAUUAGUAGAUACCCACGGAAUACUCUCACUGGCUCCGGUGAGAAACAGAAUUAACAUGCGUUAACUGUAGCCUGAGAUAUGUAUCUGGGGAUUGGAAUAAUUCAACAACGCUGACAUGACUGAUGGGAGAGUGCAUAAGAGCGGACAAUGAGCCGUCGGCUUUCGCACUGUUUCUUAUUUUGUCACCUCCCUCUCCAAAACAGAUCAAAGAAAAAAAUGGAAGUGGAUCCCACCACCUUCCUCUCCCUCCUCCUCCUCCUCCUCGCCACCCUCUGCCUCUCCUACCACCUCCACCGCCGCCGCGACCGCCUCCCGCCAUCGCCGCCGGCCCUUCCACUCAUCGGUCACCUCCACCUCCUCACCUCCAUGCCCCACCACGCCCUCGCCCGCCUCUCCAGCCGGCUGGGCCCCAUCCUCUCCCUCCGCCUCGGCCGCGUCCCGUUCGUCGUCGUCGCCUCCCCGGGGCUCGCCCGCGAGGUCCUCAAGACCCACGACGCCGCCCUCGCCUCCCGCCCCGCACUCCUCUCCGCCCGAUACCUCUCCUUCGGCUGCUCCGACGUCACCUUCUCCCCCGCCGGUCCCUACUGGCGCCAGGCCCGCCGCCUCUGCAUCUCCGAGCUCCUCGCUCCCCGCCGCGUCGCCGCCUUCCGCCUCGUCCGCCGACAGGAGAUCCAUCGCCUCCUCCGUUCCGUCGCCUCGUCCGCCACGGCCUCCAGCGGCGGUCGGAGCCACGCCGUCGAUCUCAGCGCCAGGUUCUUCAACCUCGCUAACGACGUGCUCUGCCGCGUCGCCUUUGGUCGGCGCUUCUCCGCCGCCGGGUUCCGGCUGCCGGAGGUGCUCGUGGAGUCGCAGGCGCUGUUCGCGGGGUUCACGGUGGGCGAUUUCUUCCCCGGGUUGGAGUGGGUGAACUCGGCGACGGGCCUGCGGCGGCGGCUGGAGAAGAACCGCGACGAUCUGAGCGCCGUCUGCGACGAAAUAAUCGCCGAUCACCAACGUCGAAUCGGUGGACCCGAUCGCGAGGAGGAGGACUUCUUGGAUGUCUUGCUCCGGAUCCAGAAGUCCCCGGAUCUGGAGGUUCCCAUCACCGACGAUAAUCUCAAAGCACUCGUUCUGGAUAUGUUUGUUGCUGGAACUGAUACAACCUCAGCAACUCUUGAAUGGGUGAUGACAGAGCUAGCCAGGCAUCCUCAAGUAAUGGAGAAAGCACAGGAGGAGGUGAGAGGGAUUGUUGGAAGCAAAGGAAUUGUAGAGGAGGAUGACAUUGAUCAAUUUAACUACAUGAGGGCUGUAAUAAAGGAGACCCUGCGAUUGCACCCACCAGCUCCUCUUCUAGUUCCAAGAGAAUCCAUCAAAGCAUGUGUCAUUGAUGGCUAUGAGAUCCCUGCCAAAACAAGAGUAUUGGUUAAUGCUUAUGCAAUUGGUAGGGACACUCAGACAUGGCAGAAUCCUCUGGACUUCAACCCUGAAAGGUUUGACGACAUCGAUAUCGACUUCAAGGGGCAGCAGGAUUUCAAGCUGCUGCCAUUUGGAGGAGGGAGGAGAGGCUGUCCUGGUUAUUCUUUUGGGUUGGCCACUGUAGAAACUACACUCUCUAAGCUUCUGUAUCAUUUUGAUUGGGAGCUGCCACCUGGUGUUGGUGCUGAUGAUGUUGACAUGAGUGAGAUUUUUGGACUGGCUACCAGGAAGCGACAACCAUUGAUCCUAAUUGCAAGAAAUUGUCAAGGUUAUGAGUUCAAGGAGGAUGAACAAAGGGAUUCUCGAUAGUAUAAUUUCGAUAACUCUCAUUUGGAUGCUUCGAACUUUAACUAUUAAAUCAUCAUGUCUCUGAUUUUAUUACUGUUGGUAGAACUUGGGAUUUGCGGUGUCUUGCUUUAUACUUUCCGUUUGAUCUUCUCAAGCUUAUUAGUACCGUUCUCUUA